AUUGUUUGCGGGCAGUCGAAACAUUUAAAAUGGACGGAAUAAAAUUUAACGGAGUUUUGUUACUGAUGGUCCUUCAAAUAUUCUUGGUGGCUACAACAACUGUAGAUGAACCGUAUGAAUCAGACCAAAGAACUGUAAAGCCUUUGCUUGAUAUUAUUAGACAGGUCAGAAAUAAGUUAGAACAAAGUGAAACUAAGGAAAAGCAGAUAAGUGAAUUAAAUUCUGAUCUUAUGGAAAAAUAUCAUGAAAUUGUAAGAAUUCAUGAAACAUUCAUGAAGGAGGCAGCUCUUUUAAAUGAGUAUAAAAACAAAGUAAUCAAAGGGGACAACGAUUUGCAAUUGUGUCAAAAUAAAGUUGAUAAAUCUGAAUCUACAAUUAAUUCACAACAAAAUAUUAUUCUUAAAUUAAAAGAACAACUAACAGAUAGAUCCACAUACUUAGAAAAUUGUCAAAUUCAAUUAAAAUCUUUUAAUUCUAGUUUAAUUGAAAAAGAUGAAUAUAUUAAAAAUAACACAGAACAUCAGAGAACACUUGAAUUAGAAUUAGAGAAGAGUAAAUCUAUAUUAAUUAAUCAUGAAAAUGAUAUUCAGUUAAGUCGUUCAGAAAUUAACAAAUUAAAUAGCACAUCAAAGAACAUUAGAGAAGAACAGAAAGAGAUUCAAUUGAAGUUAACAGAAAUUGAAACUAAGCUAAGUCAAUCUGAACUUAAUAAAUUAAAUCCCACAACAUGCAUCCCUUUCGGAGAAUAUUCAGGAGUUAAUCAACUCAAUGUUUUUGGCAUAGGUUUAUUCAAUGUUUUGUGCGAUAGUCAGUUAGCUGGACCUGGAUGGAUUGUAAUACAACAACGAGUUGGGGGAGAUGAGAAUUUCAAUAGGGAUUGGGCAACGUAUCGCAAAGGUUUCGGUUCUUUUGAAAGUGAUUUCUUUCUUGGUCUAGAGAAAAUACAUCGUAUCACGAGCUUGCAGCGUUUCGAACUUUACAUACAUUUGGUUGAUGAGAAUGGAAGAACGUACUACGCUCGCUAUGACGACUUCAAAAUAUCCGAUGAAUAUAAUGGAUAUGCACUGAGUUUGGGUGAAUUCAGUGGAACUCGUAUUUUUGAUGACAUUAGAAAGUCUGAAAACAUGAAAUUCUCAACAUUCGAUCACGACAACGACAAAAAUGAUUAUGAUAAUUGCGCAGACUUGUAUGAAAGUGGCUGGUGGUACAAUUAUUGUACUCGUGGUUAUUUAAAUGCACCAUAUGGGCCAGAUCUACUUUGGUUUGACUAUAAGUUCAUUGUACUUAAGGAAGUUAAGAUGCUAAUUCGCCCCAAAGAAGCGAUAAAGAAGUGAUAAACUGAUAAGCUGAAAUUCCCAUAUUUGACUCAAUUAUGUAAUCAUUUAUAUAUAAUUGGUGCAUUAAGAAAUUGCGUUAUGAAAAAUAAAACGACCGACUAUCUAAUGCAGCGAUUUAUUUUUUGAAUGGAAAUAGAUCAGUUUUUAAUGCAUUUAUUGUAUAUUUUGAUGUAGCAAAUUUUAAAUUUUUAGAUGCUAUAGAGGUGCAAAUACUUAAAAGUCGGUAAACUUAUGAAUGAUUAUCCCGUAUAUAUCCUUUCAGUCGAGCGUUGAAUAUUAAUGUAAUUUAGGAAAUGAUCUUCACAUAUUCCUUUCUUAUCUAAACAUAAAUGUUACUAAUAAUACAUAACAUAUUAUGUUUUUGCAACAUUAGUUGAUGAAAAGAUGAAUUCGACCAAGAAACUGUGCCGAGUGUGCUCGACUGCGAAAUACCAGCUAGCCAUUUUGAAUAAAAGCAAAAUAUUACGGUGUAGAAUAUACCAAAUCGUAUAUUUGGUAUAUUGAUAUGCUACUACAUUCAAUAUAUACCCCAAGAAUCCCAAAGACCAUAGUUAUUAUUAAAUAUAGAAAAAUUCGACCUUAGCUUUAAAAUUACGCUAGUUAUUCGAGUUUUGUCAGUUUUUGGGGCGGAAAUUUGAAACAGACUUCAUCUGCAUGCAAACAUAACAAAUGCUGUCGAACAAAAAUUAUAGCUCUAUCUCUUAUAGUCUCUGAUAUCUAGAUAUAUCUAGAUAUUCAUACGGACGGACAGAC